AGCGCCGGCGAGGCGCGGGAGGAGAAGCGGUGGGGAGGCUCAGCCGCUCACCUGCGGGGCAGGGCGCGGAGGAGGGACCCGGGCUGCGCGCUCUCGGGCCGAGGAGCCGGGACGCGCCCGGAGCCUUGCACGCGGCCAAGCUCGGGGCGUCUCCUCCCCUCGGCUGGGCGAACCCAAGGGGCGCAGCUCUUUGCUUUGACAGAGCGGGCCCGGCGGAGGCGUGGAGAGCGGCGAGCGAGCGAGCCAGGCUGAGAAACUCGAGCCGGGAACAAAGAGGGGUCGGGCUGCGUGUGUGUAUCGGCUUGAGCUCCGGGCAGAAGCUUUUGGGCCCGCGGCCCCUGCUGUGACUCUCCAGACCUCGGUGUGCCCUCCACUGCCAAUUCCCAGUUCUUGCCGGUACAAACUUUUCCCUUGGCAAACUUCUCUUUCUCUUCUCCCCCUCCUCGGCCCCCGCCUUCUCCUUCUCCUCCAGCCGAUUAAAUGAGCCUCGAGAAGGAAGACCGCAGCGAAAGGGAAGGAAAUAAGAAGCUCUAAAACGGACAUCUCCAGCCCGGGUGGCUUUUUUUAUUGUAUUCUUUUUAAAUACUUCAGGAAGUGAACAUUUCGUUAUCUUCUCAUUCUCCUUGCACCUCCUCCACUGGAGCAAACGGAGCCUUUUCGCCUAGCUUCUCUCUCUUUUCUUGGAAAACAAACUGCUGUCUCGGCAUCUGGGGAAGCUAAAGUGGAGAGGUUUGCACGGAGACGCCUGCCGGACCCUCCUCAGCACUUUGGGAAGUCGUGCAGCCUUCAGCACCGGCGUCCUCAGCGCCCAAACCCCGGCGACGCGGGGGGCGUGAAGUGGCAGCCGGGGCCAGGGUAGCCUAGCCUAGCCUAGCGCGCACCGCGCUGCGCAGACGCCCCCGGAGGCGCCGGCAGCGGCUGCCCUCGCAGUCCAGUGCCCUUCGGCCUCGGGGGCGGGCGCCGGCUUCGGUCUCAGCCUAGCGGGGAAGCGCGAGCGGCCGCGGGGACUCGGACGCCGCCACUGCUGCUCCGGCUGCCCGCCGGCGGCCCCGCGCUCGCCACCCCGCUUCCGUCCGCUGUCCUCCCGCACACACUCUUCCAACUCUUUUCCCCCAACCCGGUUCCUGCUGUCGCCGCGGGUGCUCUCACUGCGGAGCGGAGAUUACAGGGCCGUCGGGAUGCCCCAACUCUCCGGGGGAGGCGGCGGCGGGGGGGACCCGGAACUCUGCGCCACGGACGAGAUGAUCCCCUUCAAGGACGAGGGCGAUCCUCAGAAGGAGAAGAUCUUCGCCGAGAUCAGUCACCCCGAAGAGGAAGGUGAUUUAGCUGACAUCAAGUCUUCCCUGGUUAACGAGUCCGAAAUCAUCCCGGCCAGCAACGGACACGAGGUGGCGAGACAAGCACAGACUGCUCAGGAAUCCUACCACGACAAGGCCAGAGAACACCCUGAUGACGGAAAGCAUCCAGAUGGAGGCCUCUACAGCAAAGGACCCUCCUACUCAAGUUAUUCUGGUUACAUAAUGAUGCCAAAUAUGAAUAAUGACCCAUACAUGUCAAAUGGAUCUCUUUCGCCACCCAUCCCGAGAACAUCAAAUAAAGUUCCCGUGGUGCAGCCAUCCCACGCAGUCCAUCCUCUCACCCCCCUCAUCACUUACAGCGACGAGCACUUUUCUCCAGGAUCACACCCAUCACACAUCCCAUCAGAUGUCAACACCAAACAAGGCAUGUCCCGACAUCCUCCAGCUCCUGACAUCCCUGCCUUUUAUCCCCUGUCUCCCGGUGGUGUUGGACAGAUCACCCCACCUCUUGGCUGGCAAGGUCAGCCUGUAUAUCCCAUCACGGGUGGAUUCAGGCAACCCUACCCAUCCUCACUGUCAGUCGACACUUCCAUGUCCAGGUUCUCCCAUCAUAUGAUUCCUGGUCCUCCGGGCCCCCACACAACUGGCAUCCCUCAUCCAGCUAUUGUAACACCUCAGGUCAAGCAGGAACAUCCCCACACUGACAGCGACCUAAUGCACGUGAAGCCUCAGCAUGAACAGAGAAAGGAGCAAGAGCCAAAAAGACCUCACAUUAAGAAGCCUCUGAAUGCUUUUAUGUUAUACAUGAAAGAGAUGAGAGCAAAUGUCGUUGCUGAGUGUACUCUAAAAGAAAGUGCAGCUAUCAACCAGAUUUUAGGCAGAAGGUGGCAUGCCCUCUCCCGUGAAGAGCAGGCUAAAUAUUAUGAAUUAGCACGGAAAGAAAGACAGCUACAUAUGCAGCUUUACCCAGGCUGGUCUGCAAGAGACAAUUACGGUAAGAAAAAGAAGAGGAAGAGAGAGAAACUACAGGAAUCUGCAUCAGGUACAGGUCCAAGAAUGACAGCUGCCUACAUCUGAAGCAUGGUGGAAAACGAAGCUCUUUCCCAACAUGCAAAGCCAAGGCAGCAACCCCAGGACCUCUUCUGGAGAUGGAAGCUUGUUGAAAACCUAGACUGUCUCCAUGGCUUGCCCAGUCGACCCCAAAGGAACAUUGACACCAACUUUACCCUGAGGUCACUGCUAGAGACGCUGAUCCAUAAAGACAAUCACUGCCAGAUCCCCCCUUCGUCUACUGCAAGAGCCAAGUUCCAAAAUAAAGCAUAAGAAAGGUUUUUGGUUUUUUUUUUUAAGGAAAUUGAAAAGCACAUGAGAAUGCUAGCGGGCCCUGGGUCAGCUGAGCAGCUUUUCUCCCCUCAUCUCUGCGUGCACUUCCCAGAGCAUCUUGCGUCCAUACCUGUAACCUUUUGGCAAGGACAAUAAGUUGGCUGCAUUUGCCUGCCACGCGCAACUGGAGCCAGCAGCCAGCACAUCCAUCAGCAUCCCAGCGGAGGAAUUUGUGGAAGAUUUCCCUCUUUGUUUCUGUCUUCAUUUUUCUUUUCUUCCUUUCUCCUAAAGCUUUUAUUUAACAGUGCAAAAGGAUCAUUCUUAAGUUUGCUUUUUUUUAAACUUGAAUUUUUUUUAAUUUACACUUUUUAGUUUUAAUUUUCUUAUUGUAUAUUUUGCUAGCUAUGAGCUUUUAAAUAAAAUUCUAAGGUCUCAAAAAGUUUGAAAUAAAAAUGAAAAGAAGCCUUUUUCUGAAGAUAGCUUGUCCAAUAAAGUGGCUUCUCUGAAUUGCCUGUAACAAAUAGUGGCUUCUCUCCCUUUUUGUAAAAGGUGUUCGGUAGAGCUAAACAAUUGUAAUAGCCACAUCCACUCUGUUGGUAGCAAUUGGCAGUUGCAUUUCACUUUAUUUUUUUCUUCUGAUUUUUUUUAAACAGUAAAUCUUAACACAUGCAUCCAGCAGUCCAGUUUGCAGUGAAUUUUCAUUUCUUUCCUUCUUACCCCCUUGUUGUAAAAAGCCCAGCACUUGAAUUGUUAUUACUUUAAAUGUUCUGUAUUUGUAUCUGUUUUUGUUAGCCAAUUAGUGGGAUUUUAUGCCAGUUGUUAAAAUGAGCAUUGAUGUACCGAUUUUUUAAAAUAGCAAGGCACAGCCUUUGCCCCAAACUGUCAUCUAACGUUUGUCAUUCCAGUUUGAGUUAAUGUGCUGAGCAUUUUUUAAAAGAAGCUUUGUAAUAAAACAUUUAAAAAAAAAGUGUCACUU